AUGAGUAAAGAAGAUCAUUUGGAGAAAUUCAAUAAGAUGAAUGAUGAUGUCGAACCGUUCAGAAAGAAUUUAACGGAAUGUGCUCGUCAAGUGAAGGCUUCUAUGGUAGACGUAGAGAACUUUUUGAAGAGAAUACCUCAAUCAACGAUGCAAGGAAAAUGCUUUGUCGCCUGUAUAUUAAAAAGGAACAACAUUAUAAAAAACGAUAGGAUUUAUGAAAAUGGUAUUUUGGAAGCUAAUAGGCAAGUGUACGGCGACGACAGUGAGGUGAUGUUUAGAUUAAAGAUGGCGGUUAAGGAAUGCUCUCAGGCCGUGGAAAAUAUUUUCGAAAUUUGCGAAUACGCAGCAGUAUUUAACGAUUGCAUGCAUAUGAAAAUGGAGCAUAUCCUUGAUAAGGUAACUAUGGAAAGACGUAUGGAAGCUUUGGGCCAGAUGAGUUCUGAUCCUGACGCUUGGACUGAUGAAGAAGACGAAAUGUUGAAAUUGGUGAAAGAUGAACUGUAGCUUUGAAAAAAAUAUUUUUAUUAUCAUAUGAUUUAUGACCUUUUAACAAUUUUAAAUUAAUAUUUUAAACCGAAUGAAGAUACUUUAAAGUGAAAUUAGGAUAUUCCUAUUAAAUUAUUUUUUCAUUCAAAUAUAAUAUGCAAGAUUGUUAUGUGUCAGGACUCCGUAGGGUGGAUGAAUGAACUUUUACUAUAGGAGUAAUACAGAAUUCGCGAAAACAUUAUCCGUAACUGAUUAUUUUUGCUCCCAUAGUAAAAGUUGUUCGGUAUACUUAACUAAUCCACAGUCUUGGAAUAUAAUAAUCUUCCACCUUAUAUAUGGAAUCAGUUAAUGUCUAGUCUAUGAAAUAUAUUUUUUAAAUGUAAAAUUUAAGACAUUUUUGUGGUUAUUAAAUUAAAACACGAAUUAGUGUUAUAAUUUGUUUUAUUAAUUUAUUAAAGGUAAGUACUUUAAAACUAUACAAUCACACAUUUAUUUAUCACAUUAAUGUUUUCUAUCAGUUUGAUAGAAAAACAAUGACUCUAACAGAGACGAACACUCGUAUCCCUUAGAGAGAAGUCUUUACUAGAGAAAAUGUAAUUUCUUUAUUUAAACAAAUAUUUUCCACAAAUUAACAAGAAAUUGAAUGAAUCAAUAACUCUCGAUAAUAGGUAAUAUUAUAAUUAUAAUUCUCGUGCUUUGGUUAGAAAUUUGCUUAAGUUAUAUUAUAACAUUUUCUCAAGUUAUUACUUCUCUCAACUAUAUACGAGUUGAAGAUUAUAAGUAACAUAUAAAAGUAAAACAAUAAAUACUAAACAAAAAUUACAAUUUAACACGAAUCUUAUUAUCGUCAAUAAGGUAAUUAAAAUUAAAUGCUAUUUCUUCGUUUCAAUGUUAAAGCGGCAGUAGGAGAAAGAAAAUGGUCUGAACAAUUUGAUUGCUUGUAAUUUAAAAUAUUAGGUCACUUUUAACAUUUGUGGAAUGUAAUUAAUAUAUUUAAAAAAAAAUCGAGAAAAAAAAAUAGAUAAGUUACACGCGCUUCAGAUCCUAUUAGAAAAUAUGUUUUUAUCAUUUAACAAUCGACAACAAAUAAAAUAUUGAGCUACUCUUUUUGUAGAUAAUUAAGAGGGUUAAUUUAAUAUCUCAAUGCAAUAGUGAUUAAUUAAGGCAAGGUAACUUGUAUCCAUUCAUUAAUUGUUUUUCAAAAGUUAGAAUUUUGCAGCGCGUUGUUUGCUAUGCUGUUCUUUUAGCGAUAACAGAAUUAAAAAGCCUUGUUCUGUUGGUGGAUAUACAAAAAAGGGUAUGAUUAAAAUAAAUCAGGCUUAUGCUAACGAAAAAAUAUUUUUAACGUUAAUUGUUUUACAAGAGUAGGUACCUAUUGAAGUGCUUAGGUGUUAAUAAAUGAUUUGGAUUCUGCAUGUUUUUAGGAUUCCGCAUCUCAAAUGAAAAUCGAACUCUUGGCGGUAACUCGAUUGUUUAUCCGUUCGUCUCUCACAGCUGUAUUUUUCUCCCAAACUUCUGGUCCGAUUAAUUUGAAACAUGAUUUGAACCAUAUUUAAAUAGGUAACCCCGAUAGCGGUUGUACAACUUUUACCUAAUCCAUUUGGGUAGUAAAUUAGAAAAUUCCAAAAAAUAAAUCGCCAUCUAUAUUGUGUGACAUAUCAAAUAAAAUGCUUAUUGCGAGUAUUUCAAAUAUAUUCUUGAAUAUUAACUGUUACUUCAUAAUUUGUUCCAAAAUUUUGAAAAAAAUGCAAGCAGUUGUUUUAGAACAGUUUUAGAUACAGAUUACAAGAAAAUCAAGCACAAGUGUAUGGACUUAAAAAUUUUAUAUUCGAACGGAACACUACGCUAACUCGCUCUAAUAUGCUCUUAGCAUAUUUUUUUAAAUAAUAUUAAUUUUUUAAAUUUUUUUAAACCUUCCUGUAAUCAAUGAGCUUAAAACACAACCUUCGGGACGUCCCUUUCUUUCAACUAUGUAGGUACUUAUAUAAUUAUCGAUUAU